AUGCUGGGGCAGCCCACCGCGUGGUCAGGCAGCCGUUGGGUGGAUGCCCUGGCCUUGGCGCCUCCGCCCGCUGCGUGGCCACGGGCAAGCUCCGCGCCCACUCGGCGGGUUAUCGUGCCCACUCGCAUCAACGUGGCUGCUGGCAUGCCCAGCGGCAAAGUGAGAUACGCAAAGCUCCCCAGUCCCGACGGCGGACAUAUUAACAGUCAGAAGGAAACUUCACCUGCCAAGGAGAGCUUAAAGCCGAAAAGAUGCCCAGGUGUCGUAAGACCUCAUGUAUUGGAGAAAAGCCGUACUGACAUUCCUUUUAAGGCCAUCGCCUGCGCCUUCUCACAGUUUUUGGUUGGUGCUUUUCUCAUUAUUACGGGCUGCCUCCUGCUGGCAGGCUAUAUCAGCAAAGUGGGCGCCAAUCGAGCCUUCCCAGUCCUGACUGUCGGCAUCCUGGUGUUCCUCCCCGGGUUUUACUACCUGAUCGUCGCCUACAGAGCCUACCGAGGCUGCCCGGGCUGCUCCUUCCGUGACCUUCCGGACUUUGAUUACUAG